AUGAUUGAGGAUAUAAAGCUCUCGGUUGCGUGGGCCACCUUCUUGAGCGUAUUCCAGAAGGUGGCACGUUUCUUUAGGCAAUACCACACUGAGCGGCUCCGCUACAACUACGCGCUUGACCCGCCGCAGAUGGUCUACUCGCUCGUGCCCCCGCACGGCUCGCGCCACGCCCCUGACGUGCACUACCGCGCCGCCAGGAACUCCAACUUCAUGCUCGAGGCGUUGCAACUCUUCGUGCUCUCCGUGCUCGUGGGCACCAUGAUGACGCUCGCCCGGUGCAUGCACCGGGCUGGCUCGGUGUUGCACCGCAAGGGCUUCGAUUUGCCGUUGGCCGCGCUCCAGCCCCGUGCCAUUGGCCCCAAGCCGCCCCAACGAAGCACCAGCCGCCGCGCGGCCGCGCGCCCCGACAGCGCCCCGUGCAGCACCCCGCAGAACACCGCCGCGAGCAUCGCAGACCCUGCGCCAGCCGCGUGUGAGCGCGCGGGCCCGGCGCCAGCCUCUGCGCGGGCGCCUGCCGGCUGCGCGCGCGCGCCCGCCAGCCCGAACGAAGGCCUCUUUCUGUCCUAUGUCGACGACGUCGACGACGAGCUCAGCGGUGUCGAGAACUCGUUUGCCGAGUAUUACGGUGUGUCGCAAUUUGCCGAAAGUGACAUUUUCGAUCUCGGAAACCUCUCCGUGAGGUUGAACUCCAUAAGGUCCUUGGGCAUCAACAAUUCCCCCACGUCCAAAGCCGUCAAGGCCAGCGGCAUGCUAAUAUGGUAG